UCCCUCAAACUGAAAACCUCGUGCGCCGCCUCCCCUGCUCGGGACCUAGGCAAGAAGCGGAGCUGACAAUGGCCAGUGGUGGUGCAGAGGAGGAGAGGGUGAGGCGGGAAGUCGGGGAAGAGGACGACGAGGACGACGAGGACGACGAGCGGCCGCAGCUGAGCGCGGCGGCUGCGGGGGCGCUGCGGGAGUUCCUGGAGCAGCAGCUGCGGGAGCGGGACGAAGGGGGAGAAGGGGAAGAGGGAGGCGGGGUAGAGCUGGUCACGGAGGAUUGGCGGCUGAGCCAGUUCUGGUACGAUGAGCGCACCGCUCGGGAGCUCGCGGAGGAGGUCGCCCGCCUCGCCUCCGGCCUGGCCACCGGAGCCGCCGCCGUAGCCUGCGUCGCUUGCCCGACGCUCUACGCCUACCUCAAGAAGAGCAACCCGGAUGUGUCCGCGCAGCUGCUGGAGUACGACGAGCGCUUCGGGCAGUACGGCAGCGACUUCACCUUCUACGACUACAACCAGCCGGAGGCGCUGCCGCCCUCCAUGAAGCACGCUUACCGGAUCGUGGUCGCCGACCCUCCUUACCUGAGUAAAGAGUGCUUGGAAAAGGUUGCCAAGACGGUAUCCUUCCUUGCGCCGCCUGAAGGAUCAUUCCUUCUGUUGCUCACAGGACAAGUUCAGAAGGACCGGGCAUUGGAGCUCCUAAACAUGCGCCCCUGCCGUUUCAAGCCUCAGCACUCGAACAAACUGGGAAACGAGUUCCGGUUGUUCACGAAUUACGACCCGGCAGACAGACUCGGUGGCUGGGAGCAUACUGAUGGCUCCCACAUUUAGCUCAUUCAUGAUUCAUGUUGUUCACUAUAUGAUUGCUUUGGAAUCCUCAGAGCUGUCCAUUCUAUUUGAUAUGCUCCUAUCUUUCAUCUUUCUGUCUGACAAACUGAACCAAUUGCAAUGUUUAUGUUUCAUAAAUCUGUGUAACUGUUAUGUAUUGUUAGGUGGACCAAAUUCUUCACAUAUUUACUCGUUUUCAGCCCCCA